UUAACUGACUAUGAUGAACAUAAUCGAUUAAAAGUUUUUUAAUUAAAAAGAACGCAAAUUUCAUAAAAUGUUGUAAAAGUGAUGGUGGAAGAAUUUUUUAAGCUUCCAAAGCUCAAACUUUGUAUUUAAUUAUAUAAAACAUAAGUUAUUAUUUUCCAUUAUUUAUUCUUAAAAAUUAAAAAAAAGAUAGGAGAUGGAGACGCUUCGGCCGAAACUUGUGAUAAUUGCAUGUGGAUCUUAUAGUCCAAUAACUCCCAUGCAUUUGAGAAUGUUCGAAAUUGCGAAAGAUUAUUUUGAAAGGACUGGUUUGUAUGAAGUUAUAGGUGGAAUUAUUUCACCUACUCACGAUGAUUAUGGAAAAGUUGGGCUUGUGCCUGCAGUACAUCGUUGCACGAUGAUUAAACUCGCAACGAGGUCCUCUAGUUGGAUUCGUCUUUCGGAUUGGGAAAUACAACAAAGCCAGUGGUCAAGAACUAGACAAGUUUUACAGUAUCAUAAGAAUUUUAUGAAUAAUUUUAUUAAAAGUCCAAAUUCUCAUAAUGAAGCUGAUUUACCGGAAUGGUUGCCAAAAAAGUUGAGUGAAUGUAAACAUGGAGUUCAUUUGAAACUGUUAUGUGGUGCGGAUUUACUUGAGUCAUUUAAUGUACCCAAUUUAUGGAAAGAUGAAGAUAUUGAAGAAAUUGUAGGAAAUUAUGGACUGAUAGUUGUUUCAAGAAGUGGCUCAAAUCCAGAACGUUUUAUUUUUGAUUCCGAUUUGCUGUCAAAAUUAAAAUUUAAUAUAUCAUUAAUAACAAAUUGGGUGCCAAACGAAAUUAGUUCCUCAGUAAUUAGAAGACUAAUUUCGAGAGGUGAAUCUGUUAAAUAUUUAAUUGACGACGCCGUAAUAGAAUAUAUAAAUCGCAAUGGUUUGUUUAAAACGGCAAAUACAAAAACUUCAAAGCUUACAAUAUUGGAUAAAAUAAAUUGGGAAACAGAACGAGAAAAGAAUAAAAAACAGGAAUAUAACAUUAUUAGGAAUCAAAAAUAUCCUCAAAGAAGUAAUUUAUGUGUUAAAUUAUCAGAAAUGAUGUUUUAAUAGAGGAAAGCAUGGAACGGACAAUAAAAAAAUAAAAAUUUAUGAUAUUUAAUUUCAUUACAGAAUACCCAUAAAAAAUAAAAAUGAAAUAUAUUAAAGGAUAAAAUUAAAAAAAAGAAUGCAAAUUAAUUUUACAAAAUGUUGUAUGUACAUUUAAUCUGUAUUAUUAUAAAUGUAUAAAAAAAGGUGUGAUAUUAUUAAAAGCAGUUUUAGUAGAUAAAAUUUAUAUUUUUUAUGAAAUUAUAAAUUUUAUUUAAAUAUGUUAAAAUUUGUGAUUGUGUAAAAAUUGAUUGUUCCUAAAGUAAUGGGCAAAGUUUAUGUAGUAAUAUUUAUUAUUAGUAUUAUUAAAUGUAUGAUGAGAAAAGAAUAUAAUUCCAAAAAUUGCAUUAUGCAUUUUUUUCAGAAGCAAAUAAUAUGCACCUGCAAUUUGAAAUAAAAAAAAAUAUUUAAUGUAUU